UAGAAAAUCAUUUUUAGUGAAUGAAAAAGUAUCAAUAUCAAUGACCACCUCAUUUUAUAUCAAACUAUAAAAUUGAAGGCUGGUCUUUUAGCGUGCGCAAUAUAAGUGUUAAAUGUUUGAAAUCACAUAAAAUGAGAUUAAGUCCGCGUCUCCUAUCAUCGGCGGCUGCAGUUGCAAUAACUUGUGCUGUUUCUGCUGCUGCGUAUUUCUACAAACGUCGUAACACUGAAAUUAAUGAAGUGAUGGUGUUUUGUAAAUUACAGUUUAAUCCACACAAUUACUUUGACAAAUUGGUCAGCUUUAUUGAAGGUGCUAAACACAGCGUUAACGUUUGCAUGCCCGGUAUACAUAAUCCAGCUAUACAAGCCCGUUUGGUUAACUUGAUAAAGUCUAAAAAUAUCAAAGUUCGAAUUGUUAUCGACCGGUCUGGAUACAAUGAAAAUUCCGAUUUUUUCAUCAAAGAACUCAUUGUAGCUGGUGCCGAAAUAAAAUGUAAAGCCAACGAACCAGUGUUUAGGAUGAAGCACAAAUUCUGCUUAGUCGAUGAUAAGAUCCUGAUGACGGGAACACUCAAUUGGGGUGACGACCGAUCAUUCGACCAUUGGAACUAUGUUUAUGUCACUAGCAAACAAAAAUUGGUUGAACCAGUGAAGAAUGAGUUUUAUCAAUUAUGGAACAUGUCUAGUGAUGUACUAACUAUAUUUGACAUCUACUGUGAUAGUGACGCAGAAACAAUCGAAAUUCGCAAUCCUGAUGAAAUCUCUGAUGACAGUGCUGAUAUAGAUGGUGAUGAUCGACACGUCACUAUCGAUACUAUGACCGACAACAAUAAUUUGGUCACCCCUAUUGAAAAACAAAUGGCACAAGACCAAUUUAAUAAUUUUUCAAUUAAUACUCCUUGUCAAUGAGUUUAAUAAUAUUAGAAGUAAUCCCUAUCAAAUCAAUUUUAAUCAAUUCUAAUUAAAUUAUUUUAAUAUAUAACAUGCCCUGUCUAAUGAAAUGUUGUUUAUCAAUUUUAAUGCAAAGACGUUGUAAUUAUUAAUGAUUGUUUUAAAUAUAAUUAACAGAUUAUUAUGAAAUAAUAUACAUAAGGGCGCUCUAUUUUAUUUAAGCUUCCAAAAUCUAUAAUUCAACAAUUUCUAUUAUCGGUAUCAUCGCAUCCACUUUUGAAGAAAAGUGAUUCUAUUAUUCUAUUUUCAUAAAAUAAUUUUAUAUUAUUCUAUUCAUACAUUUUCUA